UAUAGGAGCCGCCUAUAGCACACCUCUUAGAUGAAUAACGAUGACAAAUUAGAACAGCGUUUAGUAUAGUUUUAUUCAUACUCCAUGUAUGCUACCUACUCAAGUUCUGUUUAAAAGAUGAACUAAGUUUAUGUAUAAAUGUAGAACUUUCGGAUAACUAAGCUAUUUCGACUUCAACACGUGAUUCAUGCAUAUGAUCCUACGCCGAUGGAUAAACCUUUAAUAGCACAAGUUGACACAACGAUGACAUAAAGAACAAAGAACCUUGGAAUAAUAAUCCACUGUUGUUUGGAUGGGGGGAUGAAACACAAUGAAGAACGCACUAUGUGGUAUUAUCAAUGUACAUACAAUUUUGAAAAUUUGGAUUAUCUGGUUUGAUGGAACGUGAAAAGUUUUUGUGAAAUAAUGAACAAUCAGGCGGUUAUUCUAAGCAUUAAUAAGCUGAAUAAUGAGACGUACUUUUCGAGUGUUUUUGUACUUUUCGAUAUGGAUAUUGUUGGCGCUGAUAUGCAUAGUGCUGAAUAUAAUCAACAUAGACUGGGGACGUACAGAUACAGUGAACGGCAUACUCAUCGUUGUUGUUCUUGGUGUGCUACAAGGAUCUGUGCUCGAGUUUCCGGUGCAGACCAUCGCUACACUCAUCAUCGGAGGAGAACGCAGAGAGGCCAAGAGGGCUCCAUGCGAUCGCUUAACCGUGAUUUUAAAUUACAAUCUUCUGGCUACGGGAAAAGAUGACAUCUUGGAAUGUAUAGAGACAAUGUACAUGGCUUUCGUGGGAAACCUGAGUCCUAAUGUUUCUGCAGUAUUAGUUAGUGCAACGGGUGAUGAAGAACUAAAGGAAUACGAGUUACAAAUACGAGAUACAUACAGAGCUAUUUUGUACGAUGACUUAUAUAGAGAAGGGCUUGCGUUUGCACGGGGUGAAUAUGAUCUAGUUGACCCAAUACAUUUGCACAAUGUUUGGGCAAUGUAUGUGGAUGUUGAAAGAAAUGUGUUUGUUACCGAAUAUUUAGAGGACAUAUGUGACAGAUAUGCAAGGGAGUUCAUGGUUGUGCAUCGUGUAAGUCGUGUUCUCAGAAAAUGUGGCCAGUAUCAAGACUUAAUGUUGCUCUCGGAAGGCGAAUUCGAAGCGUAUUCCUACUGUGACUGCGAUUAUUAUGGUCGGUCAGCUCGGGAAGUUGGCGAAGCUCUUUUUCAUCCAAGCGAAGACGUUUCUAAUAUAUUUGAAAGAAAGUUCGAUUAUACGCUAGUAUUAGACGCCGACACUGGCAUUGCGCGCGGGAGCGUAUUUGAAAUGCUCAAGAUCGCCGCCGCAAAUCCAGAGCGAGGAAUCAUUCAACCAUCCAUCAAACUUCAUUGUACCAGUGAUGACACAUUAUUCAUGCAUCUUGAAUCCAUGCGACAAAGCAUUUAUGAACCAUUGACAAAUGCCAUCAUGGCCCUUUUCGAUCAAUCAUCAUACUUUGGAAAAGCAUUGAUAAAAAAUAAACUAUAUAUCGACAACGUUAUCGGCACGAAGAAUAAUCUCAUUGAGAGGGUCCCUGUUGAUGUUCUGAGCCAUGAUACUUUUGAAGCAUCCCUUUUAAAGCCGCUGUAUGCUGGUAGCGUGUACCUACUGGAAGCUCCCAGUCAUAACUAUGUCACAUGGAAUAUACGAGAACGGAGAUGGAAUAGAGGUGAAAUUCUUCUCGCCAUGUACUUUUGGAAACAUGCUUUUGGGAAACCAAUGCGGUGGAUACAACAUAAGCUGCAGAAAUCAAAGUUUAACAAAACAAAAGUAAGAACUGAAUCAAAGCUGGAUUUUGUUACCUCAUACAUCGCCCACUCAGCAUUACGACAAAUGUUAAUGAAACCAGCGUUGCUUCUUUACAUUCUUUUGCACAUUGCUGUCCAUCUGCGAUACAGAUAUGCAUCGAUCAUUAUUGUUAUGUUUAGUGUCUUAGUGUUUCCAAAGUUUGCAACAUGUAAUCGUGAAAAUUACAAAUAUGUUGUUUUAGAAACAAUUGCAUCCAUAUUUCAAUUCACUCCUGAGGCUCUCGUUGGAUGUGUCCGCAUUUGGCGAGCGUUGUAUGCCAACAUUUCCCUCAAUGCAAAGUGGGUACCACAGCGUGCAGUGGAAGAAGAUUUUAAGAAUUCCAAUCCAUUUAUUUCCAGUUUUAAACAUUUGUGGGGAUAUUCAUUGUUUUCACUUGUGGUGGGAAUAUUAGUAAUGAUAUUUCUAGAUCGUGCAAUGUUGGUUCUUGUAAUGCUAAUUACCACGUUCGUUCUACCUCUUUUUACUGGUUUCACGUCGUUGACCCCUGGGUUUCAAAGUUGUAAACGAAAGAAAAAACAGAUGUUACCCCAAAGUUCACAAGUUAGUGUAGUAUCUGAAGAUUCAGGGACAAAUAUUUUGUCCGAUGGUGAUUUAUACAAAAGUCUGGGAACAACGCCCAUUGAAUCAUACGCAAAUCUUACAAUGAGGUCUCAACAACAGUUGAACAAUGCACCGAACUCUUUGAAAUCUUCUCAACUAAUAAUGACACUCAGCAAAGAUAAAACUAGAAUACAAACAACCUCUUGGUCACGAGAUGUGGAAGACAUGAUUGCAGGUUCUGAACGCUUGGGACCGAUGUUGCCAGACCGUCCGGUACUUAAACAAAAGAGCAGACCAAAACUCAACAAAAGAACCUUUCCAUUUGAUGAAAGUAGUGGGGAUGAUAGAUAUGUUUCAAUUAUAAAUGUUACCCCCAAUGUUUCAUCAACUGAUAAACAUGAGAUAGACAGUACCACGCGCAGUAGUUCAAAUGACUAUGAAAUAUUGAAUUUGUCACGAGACUCAUACUCUACCCUUUCUCCUAAAAGCAGACGUUCAUCAUUAGUCUCUGAAAAUGCUGAAAGCAACUCAAAUAGUGACAUGGGAAGAGCAGUGAUAGAAUACAAAGAUAACAUAACAUUCAUCACUAUUGGUGAUUUAGCAGAGCCGACAUUAACAAGGAAGGAUAAAGUACCAGUGGAAAAUACGCGUGUAGGAGUGAGAAGACACUUAAGUGGCAAGACGGAUUUCAUCGACACAGAUACAGACGAUAAAAACAAUACACAAAUUAAUUCAGUAGAAAAGCUUUAUCGACAUAUUGGUGUGCUUAAACAGUUUACUUCGAAACAUUAAAUUGAUUUAAGAUGGAUAAACCUCAACAUUUUGAGGCCUUAGGGAAAAUUUAGAGUAAUUUAUCAGAGCUUAUGCUAAGGACUAAAGUUUAUAAGCAUAAUUUAAGUUUGACAAUCAAUGGCGAAUGUCAGUAAAUGCAAAUGGGUGUGUAUAUGUUUCAACAAGUCAUCAAUUGUAGCGAUAUGAUAAUGGCCUUUUAUAUAUGUAUGAUAUGAUACACACUUUUUAUAAAGUAAGUCGCUUGAUUUUCUCAUAACCAUGUCCCAGAUAUGCUUACAGGGCUUUUUAAUUAAAAUAUACUUAUAUGUGUUCAUGAUAUUCUGAUUUUUACUUUAGAUUACAAUAAAAACAUUUACCCAUGCAACGGCGCGUGCUUAUAAGUAGCGGUUUUCUCAUAUAUGUGACGCCGGCCGCGAAAACGAGUCCUGUGAAGCCAUUCAUAUUAUCCUCAUAAACAAACUUAAACAAGCGAUUUGGUAAUAAAAUAAAACGUUGAUUCAGUGUUUGAUUUGAGUAAGAGAUAAAUUUCAAAAAAUAUAAAAACAGAACCGAUUGCCGCUUAAUAGACACAAUCAUUUGCAAAAUAAGAACUUUUACAGGACUUAUUUUCGCAUUAGACUCCUUGUAUUCAGACACAAUAAAUAAACAAAUGAUGAACAAUAAAUUGUCAAUGAAUCUAUUAACUCGGGCAGAGUGCUUGUCCAAUAGUCAUAAUAACUAGAUAUUUAUAAUAUUGCAUACUUGUACUAUUUUUUUCAAUAUAUUAUAUUUAAUACUCAUUUUGUACCUGAGGUAGACUAUGUUACGUUAUGAAAUAAAACAAAUAAAGUGUU